UCGAAGACUUUAAAAACUUUUGUUAAUCUUAUUUGUACCAAUGUUAAAUCACGCAAUUUUAAUAUUGUUUAAUUUUCUUUUUUUCUGAUUUCUUAAACUCUAAAAACUCUAGAAAACGGUAAAAAACUAAUCAAAUCGAGAUUAAAGUUGGUCUACUUUGAUAAAAAUGAAUGUCUCAAGUGAAAUUUUAAAUUUAUCUCUGUUCUAUCAUACGUUAAGCAACAAAAAAUCGACAAUUUUAUUCAAAUUUUAAUUAAAUAAUAUAAAAAUUAAUAAACUAAUAAUCAAUAAACUUAAUCGAUAAAUCGUAAUUAAACUACGAUUAGCUUAAUUAUCGAUUUAAUUGAAAUAGUUUCGUUGAAAUUGUUCAUAAUCACGUAAUAGUAGAUGUGUUCGCUUUUAUGCGAGAAUCUAUUCGCACUUUUUCAUAAAUAAAACAAAAAUAUGAUAGAGUGAGAUUUUAGAGAGAUAAGGUGCAACCAGGUGCAACUAAAAUGAACAGACUUUACAUACGCAGAUGAUUAUUAUCAGCGGUGGUGUUGUGCUGAUAAACACAUCCGCGCCAUUUUUGCGCGUGGGCAACUCGAAUUCUUUUCUCACAUCAAUUCCAGUCAAAUUACAAUUUCAAUGAUAAUUGAGAAAUUAAAUUAACAAAAUUAUAUUGAUUAGCUUCCUUCAUUUAAUUCAUCAAAUUAUUAUACAAAACAGCGAGCUACGUGUACGAUCCUUCGAGAUAUUCGAGCAUUUUAUGGAAACAGGUGCUGCGAAGUAUCUGGAUAAUUUCGACGAGGCGCAUAAUCAGAUGUAAAUAAUCCUGUUACGUGCAUGUAUACUUGAUGCGCAACUGCGACUAGGUAUACAUAACGUCGCGCGCGAGCAUAAUCAGAAUGUAAAUAGUCGCCGCACGCAUAUAAUAGAUGCACGAGGACACGGGCGAACAGGUGGACUUGAAAUUUCCCCCCGAAUUCUAUUCCAACCGUGCGAUAAGCGCUCGACGACAACGACGACGACGACGACGACAACGACAACGUUGACGAGGUUCUCUCGAGGAUUCACGAGAGAUCCAACGAUGUGGAUCGCGUGAACGUGACACGGACGAUCGCGCGUACAGUCAUGAGUUCCGAGGAUACAACUGACAAUGCGACAGCAGCCUGUGCUGCGGACAGUGUAACUAAUUGCUCCGACGUAGCUGCGGAAAGCAUUGGAAAGAAUUGGGUCCAAUUCGAGGAGGAGACGGACCAUCCUGAGGAGACCAUCAACGCCGCCAAGAGAAAAGUAGCCGCCAAUAGUAGCGGUGCACCCGCCGUGAUAAAGCCAGAGUCGGUCACUGUACAGGUCGACAAAAUCGGCAAGAGUAUCGAUAGUCCGUCUGAUAUUAAUGAUAGGAAAACCAAUGAGUACAGAGGUGCUGUGAUUGCAACCGAAUCCGUCCAAAUUAACUUAGAUAGAUCAGGUUUAAGUCGUUCGAUUACGUCCGAGACGCCGGAUCUCAAGUUACCGUCCGAUGCGGUUCGUGCGUCAGAGGCAGCGGCCAAGAGUGCCUCCCUGAAGACGAUCGAUCUGCGGGACGUGUCCAACGGGAGGAACGCGUCCAGUAAUGUGAUCAGUACGUCUAUCGGAAAUAUCAGACAGGGUUUCGCCAAUGGUGACACUAUCGUUACUCUCCUGCCAGUGAAUACCAAGUGGCCAUGGAUUACCCCGGCCAGAUUCAGACCGGAAUUGGUACCGGAGGAAUUGAUGGCACAAGGACUAACCCUUACAGUGGAAGAUUAUGUCCACAUAAUGGAAUUACUUGUGAAUGAUGUGCGCUUCAACAUGUAUAACAUAUGCUACAAGAGGAUCCUCGUUCUUUGGAUAUUUACCGCCUUCGUUGUGCUGCUCGGUCUAUUGUUCUCCGGUGUGACUGGUCUUACGUUAUUUGGACUCGGUGUUAUGUGGUUAGUUCUGAAUGCAGCCGCAAUAUUCUUCUGCAUGUUCAUCAAGAUAAAGCUCAAUCACAACCUUGAGAAAUGUAUGGCUCAAGUUAAUAAACAUUUAUUAAGGCAUAAAAUAUUGCUGGGAUUGGACGAUAGAGGGAAAAUCUCCUGCCACAAAGUCAACCUGUGUUUCAUAUACUUUGAUACUACAGAUUGCAUUAAAAAGCUACAAGAAGUAAUAGAACGGGAAGAACGCGAAGGUAGAGUAAUUGGUGGCGAUGAUGCAAGCGAUUUAAGUCGACAACGAGAAUUGCAACAGCGUAUGGACAUCGACGACGGUGACAUUGUUAUACAAGGCAGCACCACCACAAGAAUCUCCCGUAAACAGGAACGGGCGGAGUUGCUGUUGCUGAGGUAUACGUCUCGAUGGGCACGUCACUUCGUGCGUCGCAGACUUGAUCUGGUUAUAGACUCUCAGGAACGUGAUAGAGGUGUUAUGGGUCUGUCUGUUCCACCGCGCCACUGUGUCUCCGCCCGUUGCCCUUGUCAAUUCAUUGAGGACCAUCUUAAACACAAGCCGAAAGGGUAUCCACCAGGAUUUACAUGGUGUGCCUACCUUAGUGAACCUGUAGGACGAUUUGAUAUGGUACCAAGUUACCAAUAGUUUCUAUUCUUAAAAAUCAUGUUAAUGUAGUUUUGUUUAAAUUUGAAUUUACAUGCGUACAGAUGAGCUAUAUCAAAACAAGACAUACUGUUAUAUAUGUGUAUGUAUGUAUAUAUGUAUGUGUGUGUAUAUACAUAUAUACACACAUAGAGAAAAAUAUUUGUGCGUUAAUUUUAAUAUUUUUAUUAUAUAUUUUUUGUUCGCCUAUUCUUUUAGAAUAGCUAUUAUGCGACAGUUAUAUUGUUAUCAGAUUUUAUAUAAGUCUAUAUAUUUUUUAUAACUAUAUUCUUUGAUAUAUUACUGAUAGCUGAUCUGUUCUCUUGAUCUUUUGAUGAUUUUUUAAAUAUUAUAUUUAAUAUAUUGCUCAGUGACUUACAAUUAUUUAGUAAUUAAAAUUAUUGUUCAGAGUCGUUUGAUCUCUAUUCGUAGAAAUAACGAAAUAAUUAUCUGAAAUAGUUGUGCGCACGACACAGUAUUACGAGAUAAAAAUAUCAUUAAUUGUACUAAUAUUUUUGUUGUACAAGAUAUAAAUUACAUAUAUGUAAAGAUAGCCAUGUGUUUAACAGACAGCACUCGAUAAUCUGUUAUUCAAAGAGUUAUAAAAGAAUUUCAAAUAAAAGAGCGAGCAAUUUCGUAAGAAAACUAUAAUAUAAGCGAUAGAGAAAAUAUUAAAAAAAUUUAUAACAAUUCUCUCCUUUUUACUAUAUCAUUCAAUUAAAUCAGUUCAAUUUUUAACAACUCUUUGAAUAAUUGAGGCUAUCGUUACAGUUCCUCUUAUAAUUAAGCUACUUUACAUAUCUUUUUAAUACAUAAAAAUACAAUAUAAGAAUAACUUGUAAGUUUUUACAUGCAAGAAGCGAAAGGAAAUCAAAUCUUUAUAAAUGUUAUCCAAAACGCGAUGGAUAAUAGUUAUUGUAGCAUAUUGUAUGCUACUACAAGUAGUGCUAGACAUUGAAUUGUUAUUGUGCCUUGUCAUUAAAUAUCAUUAGGAUUGUUCUAUGAAAUACCAUUAAAUGAACGUAUCAAUCUAUGUAUUUAUGUACUGUUUAGUGUACCAGUGCACACGAGCAUGCGUACGCAACGCACAUAUUCAAUGUUAAGAAUAUAAAAAGUUAUUAUGAUAGAGAUUUUAUCAUAAAAUAUACACAAUAUCAGGGUACAAUUAUUUAAUGUAUAAGUACAUGUUUUUUCAAUCAACAGUAUAUUAAAUUUAUUUGCAAUAAAUUAUCAAUUCAAAAUGUAUUUCUUACAACAGAUGAAUUUGUCUAUUUUAUGUAAGUGGGAGAUCUAAUAAAUAAACUCCAAAAAAAAGAAA